CCUCAAACGUCACAUUGUCAAAAUCCUAGUUUAAGAAAACGUUUUUUUUUUCCCAGCUACCAUUACAUGUGACAGAUUCCAAAUACCUACUAUAGCCUGCAAAUUCCACAAGCACAAAUAAUGCUCAUCAUCAUUUCUUGCAAAGAAGACUAGAAAACCUCACCCCCUUUCCACCCCACUCCGCCCCACGGGCUGCCGUAGAUAUGGUGCACCACCAUUUCCUCCUCCUGACUUUUCCCGCGCAAGGCCAUAUUAAUCCAUGUCUUCAACUCGGCAAGCGUCUCAUUCGAAUAGGGGUGCAUGUGACAUUUGUUACUACCGUGUCGGCUCAACGUUUGAUUUCUAGAAACACUGGGACCCUUGAUGGGUUGAAGUUUGCUGAUGCCUUUUCCGAUGGCUAUGAUGAUCAGGGGUUUGAAUUUGGAGACGAUAUGAGUCACUUCUUUUCCGAAAUUCGAAGUAACGGCUCUCAAAGGCUUAGAGAGAUCAUCGCAACAAGUAGUGAUGAAGGUCGUCCGGUCACGUGCUUGGUCUACAAUCUCCUCUUCCCUUGGGCUGCAAGGGUGGCGCGUGAUUGUCACAUCCCAUCAACGCUUCUUUGGAUUCAACCAGCAGCGGUUUUGGAUAUUUACUACUAUUAUUUCAAUGGUUAUGAUGAGAACGUCAUGUUGAAGAACCAUAAUGACCCCUCAUGGUCCAUUAAAUUACCGGGAUUGCCACUGCUCAACGGUCGUGAUCUUCCCUUUGCUAUGUUUCCUUCAACCUCUAAAUUCAAUUCGAUAGUGUGUUUAUUGAAAGAGCUGGUGCAAACACUUGAUGAUGCCGAAAGUAACCCUAAAAUCCUUGUAAACACUUUUGAUGCAAUAGAGCCUGAGGCCUUGACAGUCAUCGAAAAGUAUGAUUUGACUGCUAUCGGACCUUUAAUUCCAUCUGCUUUCUUGGAUGGAAGAGAUCCAUUCGAUACUUCAUUUGGAGGUGACCUAUUUCAAAAAACAAAGGAUUACACCCAGUGGCUAAGCUCAAAACCUGAGUCAUCGGUUAUUUACAUAUCGUUUGGAAGCAUAUUGAAUUUCCCAAAGUCACAAAUGGAAGAGAUAGCACGCGGUUUGUUAGAAACCCGUCGGCCAUUUUUGUGGGUUGUGAGAGAAAAAGAAAACAAAGACGAAGAAAAAGAAGAAGAAGAUUGGCUACGUUGCAUGGAAGAGCUAGAACAACAAGGGAAUAUAGUGCCUUGGUGUUCUCAACUAGAUGUUCUUUCACACCCUUCAUUGGGAUGUUUCGUCACGCAUUGUGGGUGGAAUUCUACUUUGGAGAGCUUGGCAUCCGGGGUUCCAGUGGUGGCGUUUCCUCAUUGGUCCGACCAAGGGACGAAUGCAACAAUGAUGGUCGAUGUGUGGAAGAUUGGUGUGAGAGUCGGGAAAAAUGAAGUAGGAAUAGUUGAGAGUGAUGAGGUUAAGAGGUGUAUCGAGAAGGUCAUGGGUGCUGAGGAGGGAGGGGAAGAAUUGAGAAGAAAUGCUAAGAAAUGGAAGGAUUUGGCUAGGGAAGCUGUGAAGGAAGGUGGAUCUUCGGAUAAGAAUCUCAAGGCUUUUGUGGAAGAGGUUGAAGGAUAAUGGUAAAGGGUAACUUUGUCUCUCUAUUUUUCUUUUUUGGCAUUUGGUGUUCAUUUUGUUAUCAUUUCUUGUAAUUGGGUUAAGAAUCUCUCUGGAUGCAUCUUCGUUCACCAGAUGCAUUUGGUGCUCUGGAGUUAAUUUUAGUAGAGGGUUUUCAUUUAUUUCCCUUAAUUUCUUGUAAUUGGGUUAAUUUUAGUAUCUGGUGCAUCUGUCAUUUAUUUUGUCGUAAUAUAUAUUU